AAGGGGCAGGAGGUGGGGGGGGGGGGGCGAAGAUGGCGGACAGCGCGAAGGGUCGGGCGGCGGCCGCGCCCGGGGGGAAAGCGCUGACGGCGGAGCAGGUCGUGUCCCGGUUCAACCGGCUGCGGCAGGAGCAGCGGGGCCUGGCCUCGAAGGCGGCCGAGCUGGAGCUGGAGCUGAACGAGCACAGCCUGGUGAUCGAGACGCUGCGGGAGGUGGAUCCCACGCGGAAAUGUUACCGCAUGGUGGGCGGCAUCUUGGUGGAGCGAACCGUGAAGGAGGUGCUGCCGGCGCUGGAGAGCAACAGGGAGCAGCUCAGCAAAAUCAUCGAGACGCUGAACCAGCAGCUGCAGGCGAAGGGCCGGGAGCUGAACGAGUUUCGGGAGAAGCACAACAUUCGCUUGGUGGGGGAGGACGACCCCAAGCAGCCCCCCAAGGAGGGGCCCGAGGGGGCGGGGGCCAAGGGCGGCUCCGCCGGCGUCCUGGUCUCCUAGAGCCCCCCCCGCCGCUAUUUACUGCUGCGCCUCCCGUGCUUUUUUGUUAAAUAAAUAUUUGUGUUUUGUUUUUUUUUUUUU